GCUCAAGGUGAAUACAACAGGCGCAUGGAGGCGUGGUCAGAUCCAUCGCGUGGGACAGCCAGUGUAUUGAAAUACCCCGCUUCUGUCCGUUCACAGCACACAUUGUAGUUUUGGGAGCGUGCAAGGCGAAAGCCCUGGAGAUUGCUUAUAAAAACGACUAAAGGGUGCACAUUAAGCCACACGCGAACGCCACGAGCUGGGCGCAUUGCCUUCAAGCAACCCAGAGGACUUGAGUUUCUUUUUCUUCUAUUUGCUCUCGACGCUCACUGCCGAUGGACAUCACUGCCAAGAUGGAAAUAACCGUCAGCCAGCAACAGUUCGUGCCGCCUGCCUGCUUCUUUGCUGCUGCGGCUCAGAACAUACAACUAAGUCCAAUCGAAAACCAGUGUAGUGGAAAGUCCGCUUCUAAGCAGGUGAAGAGGCAGCGGUCCUCCUCCCCCGAGCUGCUGAGAUGCAAAAGGAGGCUCAAUUUUGCGGGGUUUGGGUAUAGUCUGCCACAGCAGCAACCACACGCGGUGGCCAGGCGGAACGAGAGAGAGCGGAACCGGGUGAAGUUGGUCAACAACGGGUUUGCCACUCUUCGUGAGCACGUUCCAAACGGCGCAGCCAACAAAAAGAUGAGCAAAGUGGAGACUUUGCGCUCGGCAGUGGAGUACAUCAGGGCUCUGCAACAACUCCUUGAUGAGCACGACGCCGUGAGUGCCGCCUUUCAGUCCGGAGUCCUUUCGCCCACGAUUCCGCAGAAUUGUUCCAACGACAUGAACUCAAUGGCUGGCUCCCCUGUGUCCUCUUACUCCUCGGACGAAGGAUCGUAUGACCCACUGAGUCCAGAGGAGCAGGAGCUUCUAGACUUCACCAACUGGUUUUGAGCUUCUGCCCAGGAAUAUGAUUUGUGUUUUCAACCAAUGAAUAUCCCCAGCGCCUGUAAGAAAUUAUAGAACACAAAGGAGCUCGUGUGGUGUCCCAAAAUAAAAAUUAAACAAACGAAGCACUGCCUUUGCGCUCCGGCGAGUGCGUUGGAACUCAAGGCGCUUAAAACGCCUCACUUUCCCAGAGUCAAGCGCUUCUGGACCGUGGAGAGGACGAUUCUCGUGCCAGACACCGAUGACAGCGUGGGAAUCUAACCUCUUUGCGCAAUUUCCCACGAAAUAAUUCUAAAAAGUGACCUUUAACAACAUAAUAGCACACAGAAAUACUUUGCAAAUGCUGUUCUUACACUAUGCUACACCCAAUCAAAGAAUUUCAGUAAACUUCUGUGACGUUUUAAUUCUAAAAUGCUUCCAUCUCUGCGAAUUUUAUCAUAAGAAAUUCUAUUUGUAUCAAACAUGUUGUUUUGAAAUAUAUUAAGCUAUUUUUGUAUAUAAGAGAGAUUUAUAGAACUUUUGUACACAAUGAUUUACCAUGUAUAUAUCUUGACGAUAUAUUGAUGUGUUGCUUAUUACCUCUGCCUAUUUAGACUUGUAGUCUACAUUGUUUUGCAACUGGCAAUUCUGUGUAUGGUGUAUGAGGUUUCAAAGAGGGGUUUGACACUCCACUGUUUUACUCCAGUACCAACGUGUCUUAUUUAAUAGGAAGUAUGUGUUAUUAUAAUGUGUCACGGAGUUCACUAUGAACAAAGUUUAUGCAGCUAUUGUCCAAACGCAGAGGAGACAAGGAUGGUGAAUCCUCCCUGCACUGCCUGCUUUACACUGCCUUCACUGCUAUUGGGUUUAUCUGAGAGACAAGAAAAAAACAUAUUAACCACGUUUCCAUGCUCUAGUUUCAUAAUAAAUACAUUUUCUUAAGUA